GGACGCACGACGCGCGGCUCGCUCCAAGCGCCUCCGACACCAGCGGAGUUUUCCCUCCCGCAGGAUCCGUGGCAUGUGUGCGCGCGCCACCCGCGGGGAGCGGGACCGCGGGAAUAUAACUUGACUGCCUGGAGAGUUUGUUGUUUUGGUUUUUUUGCGGAGGAGAGAGGAGAUAUCAUGCCUUUCUGCAAACGCGCGAUCCUUCCCAGAGACGUGUGCCGGAACGCGCUGGAGGCGCGGCCCCGGCGGCCCGGGACUUUCGGGGACUUGGCGGACGUGUGCGGCUUCUCCCUGUGCUCGGUGCUGCGCCAGCUCUCGGAUCUGUCCCGGCACUCGGUGAGCAUCCUGGAGGAGCUGGAGGGGGACCUGGUGUCCGUCUGCCGCCGGUCCGGCGCGCUGCAGGGCAGGGUGGCCCGCCUGCAGCGGCGCGUCGCGGAGCUGCUCAGCAAGCCGCCGCCGAGAGCCACCAGCGGUCUAGAGGCGGAGAGCGGCAGGCGCGGCGGCAGCAGCAGUAGCCACGGCGAUGGCAGCCACAGCGGCGGCGGCAUCGGCGGAGGAAGCGGCGGCGGCGGCGGCGGCGGCGCGGCCCACUUCAGGUCUCCAUGGCAACAGAGCGUGAACGUGUUCGGCUCGUGGAGCAGGCCGGAGUGUGUCGAGGAGCUGCACCAGCAGGCGCAGCUCAACCUCCAGAGCCUGCUGCAAGAGUUUGAGGAGCAGCUGUACGACACCAAGCUGACCGGCCAGACGUUCCGCCACCCGUCGUCCCAGAGCUCCGACGACACGUCCACCUCGCUCAGCCGCUCGCCCGUCUCCAUCAGCAACAAGAGGCCCGACUUCAUCUUCCUGCCGGCGUCCAAGCAGCUGUACGACGAUGAAACCGCCUCCUCCGUGUUCGGCCUGAGGUCGGCCACCGACCCGUCCCCCUCCCCGUCCCCGUCCCCCUGCGGCUCGGACCGCCCGGCGCCGGGCUGGAGCAGUAACCACAGCGGCAGCAGCAGCACGGCCGCCGCCGCCGCCGCCGCCGCGCCGCCCGUGGCGGAGAAGCCCCGCUGGCACCUGGGGCGGCGCCCGCCGGCCGGCUUCCUCCCGCCGGACAUCACGUCAGGUGACGCCGCCGCCGCCGCCGCCGCCGGAGGAGGAGGAGGGAAGCUCCACUGUGUCGACCUCCUGCAGCACUCCCCGUCUCCAUCGCCCGCUCCCGGGAACGCCUUCCUCCAGCAGCCCCACUCCCUGGAGCCGGUGAGCGACACCCCCCAGCAGCCCCUCCCCCUGAGGAAGACGCACUCCGACCUCGACGCAGCCUCGCCCGCAGACAGCAGCUUCCGGCCCCCCCCCGGAGCGAUGGACCACUCGGGGCUGCUGUGCUCCAACACGCCGUCCGCCUCCUGGAACGGGCCCAAGGGCUCCACCUUCUCCCCCGGGGCGUGGAACGAGCCGUACGGCUACGGCAUGAGCAAGGGCCCGGCGGUCCCCCCCAAGCAGCACGCCAUCAUCGGCUCCGUGGGGGGCCGGUCGCAGGACGGCGUCAUGCUGGUGAGCAAGGGGCCGGCGGCCGGCUCGCACCCCGGCUGCUUCGCCUCGGCGACGGACGCCGCGGGCCGGCAGGCGGGGAUCCCUCUGGCGAAGCGGAGCGAGACGGAGGGGGCGGCGGCGGACGGGGGCAGAGGGGGAGGGGGCGGGGAGGCGGGCCGAGGACGGGAGCGGUCGGCGCGGUCCAUCGCGGCGCAGCACGCCUUCAAGUUCAGGGAGCGCUCGCUUUCCACGCCCACGGAUACGGGGUCUUUCUGCUUUUCGGAGGCUGGCGCCGACCAGCCGGACGGCCACUUCUCGUCGGCGGGGAACGGUAACAGCGUGGCGGGCGACCACCAGCACGACCACCACCACUUUCUGGGUUUAGGCGAGAACUACGCCCUCCUGUACCCGAGGGGGAGCUCCGAGGACAGCGCCAGCACCGCCGACACCGUCUCCGUCACGGCGUCGGACUACAGCGCCGAGGGCCGCCUGCGCCUGCGCUCCCGCUCCAUCUCGCUCAAGAAGUCCAAGCGCAAGCCGCCGCCCCCCGUCCGGAGCGUGUCCCUCAUGAAGAACCUGGGCGAGGCCGAGGGGAGGGUCCACCACGGGGGGAGUCUCUACCGAGACGGUCGUCCGAAGAGCCUCCACAUCCCGCGGGACCACUUCCCCGACUUCCAGCCGGACUUCCUCCUGCCGAGCUCGUCCUCCAUACACAACCUGCGCGAGCGGGAGCGAGGCCGGGGGGGCGGCGGCGACGGACCCCCGAGCCUGGAGGUCCAGGCGCCGGACAGAGAGAGCGAGGCGGAGAUGACCUUCCCGGCUCACUGGCAGCUGGGAGAGUGGAAGAGCAGCGACCCCUACAGGUCUCUCUCUGGGUCCAGCACGGCGACAGGGACCACGGUGAUCGAGUGCAUGAAGGUCAGAGGAAGCUCCGAGUCCCUCCUCGACUCCCCCUCCACCUCCAGAGCAACCUCGCCCUCCCAGAUCUCCAUGGAGACCGACGUCAAGGCGUCCUCGCCCUUCAAACCGCCGGGACUCAUGUCCCCGUCCAGCGGCUACUCCAGCCAGUCGGAGACCCCCACCCCGACGGUUCCCCUGAGCCAGCCGGGCACCGGGUGUAAGAUGCGCCCGAAGAUCCCCGAGAGGAAGUCGUCGCUGCCGUCGCCGAAAGACCCGGCCGCCCGGUCCAGACUGUCCUUCGAAAUGCCGGGCAACGCACACCUGGACCUGUCGUCCAUCAAGCCGAAGCAGAAGGCCAGCCGGCGGCACUCGGACACCUCGACGGCGGCGAAGCCCGGGAAGAUCAGCCCCAGCUCGUCGCAGGCGCCGCCGGUCGUCACGCAGAACGAGCUGAAGACGAUCCGCCUCCGCUCGGUGUCGCGCGGCGACCUGGAGGACUGCCCGGACGGCGCCUCGGACACCAUCGAGGAGGAGCAGCAGGGCAGGGAGCCGGCCGAAGACCCCAGCCCGCCGCCCACUCUGCCCAAACCCAAACCGCCCGUCGCCGUCAAGCCCCCCCUGCCCAAACGGCCCGUCAACCUCCUGCUCAAGUCGCCCUCGUCCACGUCCCCGCUCGCCCCCGACUCCCCUCCCGGGUCCCCCGUGGACCGCCCGGUGCCUUUAGGCAACAUCUACAAAGUCAUGAAGAAGCCCAAACCCAAAAAACCCCCGCCGGCGGCUCCGGCCAGUCCCGCUGCGGUCCCAGACUCAAACCCCGGCGCCGUCCAGCUGGAUCACCCCUUCCUGCCCCACUCCCAGUCCCUCUUCGACCUGCCCCCCCUCCCAGACCCCCAGCCGCUCCUGGAGGACCCGGUGCUGGAGCCUGAGCUGGACGUGGAUCCAGAGUCCCGGCUGUGGCCCGGGGACGGCGGCUCGCUGCCGUCGCCCUGCAGCACCCAGGACCCCCCCGAGCUCCUGGACAAGAGCAAGACGCUCCCGUCGCGGAUGACCAUCUCCUGCCUGGCCGAGCUGUCGGACAAGAAGAAACCCAAGGUUCCACCUCCGGUCCCCAAAAAGCCGAACGUCCUCCUCCUGCCGUCGUCGUCGCUCUCCUCGGCCAACGGCGGCACGGAGCGCCAGGCGCCGCAGGCCGACAGCCCCGUGGGGCUGCGCUCUCCGGUGGGGGCGUUCCCGCCAGAGGACCUUCCCAGCUCCCCCGGCGCGCCGGAGACGCCGGAGCAGGACGAGAACCACCUGGGGACGGACGAGGAGAGCUCGAAGGAGUCGUCGCUGCAGGACUCCUCCCUCACCGAGACGGAAGGGAAGACGGCCGGCGCCGGGAUCGCAGCAGACGACUCGGCUAACGACUGCGCUAACGAGAAGACGGUGCUCCACAUCGCGGAGGAGACGGACGACGACCUGCUGGCCAACACGCCCACGACGCACACCACCGAAGACCUGUUCACAAUCAUACACAGGUCGAAGAGGAAGGUCCUGGGUCGCAAGGAGCCGUCGGACUCCUUCGGCAGCCGACAGAGCUUGGUGUCUCCGGUGAAGCACGGCAGCGGCGGCGGCGGCGGCGAGCUCCGGAAUCUGACGCUGGGCAGCCAGAGGUCCAGCUCCCGCAACGAGAACUUCAUGGCCCUGCUGCAGAAGAAAGGCAGCAAGUCUUCCAGCGGGGGCGCCCGGGUGUCCGCCAUGGAGCUCCUGAAAAGCACAAACCCCCUGGCGCGCCGCGUGACGGAGUUCUCGGCCGGCGCCGCCGCGCCAACCGCCGACGGCGGAGACGCUCCGCCCAGCGACCAGUGAAGGGAAGCUCACCGGCUCACAGAGCUGCCGACUUCCCAGAGGAUUUACAGAGGAAACCGGGCGGGGGCUUUUUUUCUGCCACCAAAGACGAGGCAUGAGCAUGUGACGGAGCGAGGAGGACGGGGGCGGAGCUUCACCAAACAUUCCACGGAGCCACGCCGCUCCGCCGCCAAGCACUUUUCUUUUUUCCUCGGUCGGGGUCGGAGGUCGUUUACAUGGCGCCGUCCCGGCGCCGCUGCGUUAUUUUCUCAUUAAACGUUUUGUUUUCAGUCGUGUUUAGAGGUUUUUGUUUUGUUUUGUACCUUUACGUUCCGCCGUGACGUCCGGCUCGGCCGCCGCCCUCUGUGUCUGAAACAGAGAUCAGCGCGACGGCGAUAGAACAACAGACGGCCAAGGGAAAACACACACUCACACACACACGGACGGAUUGACAAGCAGAAAAGGCCGGUCGACACAAGCGUGAGUGUGUGUGUGUGUGUGUGUGUGUGAGUGUGUGUAUGUGUGUGUGUGUCGAUGGAGCCGGGCCUGUGGAGUUUCCGUAAGGAGAGCAUGAAGCAGGCCUGCUCGUCAAAACAGGGUUUAUUCAUCCUGGUCUCUGCUGUCUGGACCCAGGACUGAGGCGGACCAGACCGGACCUGGCAGUGUGUGUGUGUGUGUGUGUGUGUGUGUGUGUGUGUGUGGAGAGAAGUGUUGGGAACGCGUGCAUGUGCCUGUUUGUGCGUGUUUUGUGUGUGUGUGUGUGUUGGUGUCGCCCUCCACACCAUC